CUCUGUUGCUACGCGUGUUUUGUUAUUUACACUUUAAUUGUGAGAUAAUACGUUUAACUGGACAUGUACAUGUAUUAAACUACACUGCAGACAUGAUGGAGUGGAGCUGUCUCACCUCUGUCGGCUGGUUUGGCCUCAGUUUAUCUCAUGUACAGUCACAGUGUGUUCAAACUGAAGUCAGAAACCUGUUAGCCUUCUCUCUCCUCCGUGUCAGACAGCAGCUCAGAGUGAGCCGGCGACCGUGUGAAGACGGCCCGCUGCUGGAGGAGCAGGAGACGGAGGGCCAGCGGCAGCUGCACAGCCUCCUGCUGCAGCAGCUCCACACCGACGUCGACAUCAACCGAUGUGUAGCCAAGAAGCAGUGCUUCGCCCCGGCGGCUCUCUACCGGCCGUUUGGAGAUCAAGCAGCUGGAGUGAGGAGCCUCUCCCAGUUUCAGGCCCUGCAGGACGGGGAGAAAGAGCUGGCCAGCUUACGGGAGCUCGGCCUGACCGAAGCAGAGAUCGAACUGUGGCAGAGCAGAGACGAAUCUGUGGCUGCAGAGAAGUCCCACGGUGUGUGUGCAGCUCCAGGUGUGAAGCAGCAGCGCCUGCAGGUGAUCAGAGACAAGAUCCAAGCCAGAGACGAGCUGCUGUCCCGCCCACAGCGAUUCGCCUCCAGCCGGCCGCUGUCACGCCGCGAAAUGGAGAUCGAACGGGCGCUUUUCCAGGGAAACGACCGGCUGGGUUUCCUCACCGCACUUUACCAUCGAGGUGAAGUAAAGCAGGACGACCAGCAGGGGGAGUCCUGCUCUGAUCCGAUGGACUCGCUCUACAGAGACGUAUUCGAAAAGGGAGGACAACAAGCGUCGCUGCAGGACUCUGACAGAGACACAGGUGGAGCACCACACCUGCUGACACAUGCAACUGUAUCUGACCAAUCACAGGACUCACAGAGAGACAACAACCAAUCAGAAGAAGCUUCUGACCAGCAUGGUGAAAGAAGCAGCUUGUCAGGUUUGAGUUCAGACCCCUCAGAGCAGCAGCUCGUUCAGGAGGACCCGAGGAAAUCACCUCCAGCUGCUCCAACACAUAUCAACAUCAGCCAGCCAAUCGGCAGUCUGUGUGGAGCGGUGAAGGCGGGGUCAGGGAGACAGCUGACUGUCAGGGGCGACAUCGAGACGAUCACAGACGAAGAAAUCCUGAACAACCGAGAAUCUGAGGACGGGAUCCGGAGCAUCCCGAGGUUCAGGAACUACGAGUCGGGAAAACCCAACAAGGUGUUGUGUGUGAAGAACCUGAGUCCACAGGCCUCAGUGGCCCAGCUGGUGGCGCUGUUCUCCAGGUUCGAGCAGGAGGACGGACUGCCGGUCGUUUACCGCCUGCUGACCGGACGGAUGAAGGGUCAGGCCUUCAUCACGCUGCCAGACGCUGAAACGGCCCAGAAAGCCUUGCAGCUGGUCCAUGGAUACCGGUUGCUAGGGAAACCUUUGGUGGUUGAGUUUGGCCGUGAGCGACAGGAAGACGAGAAACAGAAGAAGAAGAAGGAGGAGGAGGAGAAGUAACAAGUGUUUGUUCCUGACAGCAGAGAUGUAAAUAAUGUCCGAUGUGAUUGUAUUUAUUUAUUAUCUGGAUUAAAUUGUGGAAAUCUUUUUACUAAA